GAAGAAGAAAUUGCUGGAAAGAUCAGCUGGACAGACAGAGCCUUCAUGAUACUGCCCACAUCACACGCAUUUCCUCAACGAAGUCGCCGAGAACACGCACCGCACAGCGCGCAAGACAUAAAGGAAAUCCUCUUUUAUUGCCCUUCAUAAAAGCCCCAGUGUCAUUUAGUGAGAGAUGCCGCCAAGAACCGGACUUUUGCUGCUCGCCGUGCUCAUCGCCUCCGCGUAUGAACUGGAUCAGAACGAAUCCUACUCGCCCAGGAGAGCACGCUUCUCCCACAACAGCCCCUCGGAUGUGGCACGCUGCUUGAACAGUGCGCUCCAGGUGGGCUGCGGUGCCUUCGCCUGUCUUGAAAACUCAACGUGUGACACAGAUGGCAUGCACGACAUCUGCAAGUCCUUUCUCUACAGCGCUGCUAAAUUCGACACUCAGGGCAAGGCUUUUGUGAAAGAAAGCUUGAAGUGCAUCGCCAAUGGCAUCACUUCCAAGAUCUUUCUAACAGUCAGAAGGUGUUCCACCUUCCAGAGGAUGAUUUCAGAGGUUCAAGAUGAGUGUUACAGCAAGCAGGAUAUUUGUACAGUGGCCAAAUCAAACCCAGAAGCCAUUGCAGAGGUGGCUCAGCUUCCAAGCCACUUCCCCAACAGGUUUUAUGGGAAACUACUGCAGAGUUUGAUGGAGUGUGACGAUGAGACGGUGGACCUGUUGAGGGCAAAUCUGUUGACCCGAUUAGGGCCCGAGAUCACCAUGCUCUUCCAAUUACUGCAGAACAAGCCGUGUCCGUCUGCUGCAGUACCUACUGGAAUGGAGACUCGUGGUGGGUGGCGGUGGUCUGUCAGUCCCCAUGGAUACAAGAUCCAGCCAAAUCUACGCAACAGAGAUGCCUCGAACCUCUUGGGCAAGAAACGCAACAUUGGUGACAGCUCUUAACUUCAGACCAAUUUGCCAGGCCAAACUUAGCCAUCGAGCACACAUACACAAACGCAAUUGAAAACACACACACACAUAAAAAAAAGCAAGACAAAA